GCAAGAAGAGGACGGAGGCUGAAAGCGCGUUAGUCCGACGGGAUGAGAGCCUGUGAGCGUGUGCGAGCCUUUCAUGAGUGGCACGUUAUCCUCUGGGAGGGGGUGCUGUAGUAUCGCAAGGGGAGCGCACACUGCUCUUGUGUGUGUGUGUGUGUGUGUGUGUGUGUGUGUGUGUGUGUGUGUGUGUGUGUGUGUGUGUGUGUGUGUGUGUGUGUGACACUGAUGGAUGCACCAAUGGAAAGACGGACAGAUGCUUGGGCGGAUCUAACGGCAGGCGGCGGCGUAGCGGCGCGCACAGUCGCGGCGAGAUUACUAGCGGAAACAUCGUGGUUCUGCGGACGGAGGUCGCUGAUCUACGUUAUCCGGGGCGAGCGAGAGGGUCUCGGUUUCAACUGACCACUGGCUCAGGCAGGUUGGUGGAUUUCACCAAGAGCGUCCGCCCUCGGCUGUUAUUAACCGAGAGUGAGGAGCAAGACGGCGCAGCGGCAGCGGUACAUCUGGCUCAGAGGAAGGCAGGAAGAGGAGAAGGGUGAGCGGGAGAAAGAGUGGAGGGGUGAGGGGAGAGACGGCCUCGGGGAACUCACCCUCACCUUCCUUGGCGCUUCUGUUUUCUCCACAAAAACCUUAGAUCCGUUGCUCCGAAGACCGCCUAAACCACAAGAGAAGUUUUCUACCCCUCUCAAAAAUAACAAAAACAACUUUUCUUCCCCGAUAAGGUUUUCACCUUUAAAAAGUCUCAACUUUCCAAAUCUGAACUGAGAAAAGUUCUGAGCUUACCUGUAAAUAACUAUAAUACUAAAGAGGAACUUUGCUCCGUCCCAUCUAAGUCAGGAAGGUUUUGCGCCUCUUCGGUCUCUGUAAGAGCGCAGCGCACCGCUGGGGGAGACGCGUCUGAUUUGCUGCGUAGCUGAUUUAAACAGCUCAUAUUCUACGUAAAGGAAGAGGGGGGGAGAAAGACGAAGAGAGAAGCAAAGCAGCACCGGCAGCCCAGGAAAAGGGUUUGGCAGGGCGGCGCGGAUGCUCGGCUGAUCCGUGCGCUGCCUGGAAGCAGCCUGGUCCACCUCCGCCGCCUCCUCCUCCUCAUGUACAUUAUUACAAACAAGGGAGACCCAAUCAAGCGCGUAUCUCAUCGAUUCACGCACGCAGACACGCGCGCGGAGAAACUCGCGCGUGUGGUUCUGAACGCCGAGCUCUGUCACGUGCGCGAGCGCGCGCGCGCCCAUGCUGACUGAACGACUUGCCCCUCAGCAGAUGUUUCAAAGCGCUUUCGGACAAAAUCGCGGAGCAGCCUCCACCGCCUCCUCCUCUGUCCUCUGAAACACAAAACAAGCCUCCUUUUAUAUGUUUUUUUUUUUCCCCCCUGAAUGAAUGGACCCGUAAGAGAUGCUCUCGGGCAUGUUUCAGCUGUUGACUCUGAACUGCGCUUGAUACCUGAGGAAGCCCGUGGAUGGUGAGACGACAGCUCAUCCUCUGAACUCGCCUGUUGCAGCCUCCGACACAGAAUAACCCAGAGGAUCACCGGGAGACACAAAGCGCCCGCUGUCCUGCCCCCACGGCGGAGGAUCCAGCGUCGGGUCCGCCAGAGUCGGAGCGGAGCGGAGCAGCGCAGAGCAGGCGGGGAGCGAGCGCCUCUCCCAGCGCUCCCGCUGGCUCUUUCUCGUCCUGCUUGUUAUUUCUCGAUAACUGCGCCCGCUCCUUUCCUUCAACACGCUCCCAACCUCGAUCUAUGUGGGAGCCCUGAGAGCGCAGCCAGGCGGGGGAGAAACUGGAUCAAAGCUCACUCGGAUAACCUCCCUCCCCUCCUCCUCCUCCUCCUCCUCCUCCUCCUCCACGCCUCUCCGCACGCUGCCUCGUUUCACCGUGGCCAGAGACGACUUCCCUGCCGGGCCCCCGAAGCCGACAUGCCGCGGAGGAAGCAGCAGGCGCCCCGGCGCGCCGCAGCUUAUGUCCCUGACGAUGAGAAGGAAGUAGCCUUGUUGGAUGAGGACCUUGAUGGAGAAGACUCCGCUCAAGAGGGGGAGGAGCCUGCGAACAAGCUCCUCUGUCAGGACAAGGAUUUCAUUUUCAAGGACAGGCCAGAGUCUGCUGGCAUCCAUGACUCGCCCAAUGCAGCUGACUUUUCUGGUCAGGAUCUGGACAGCGAGUCUCAUCUGAGUGAAUCAUCAGACAGAAUGUCUGAUUUUGAAAGCUCCUCACUGAAAAAUGAGGAAGACGUCCUCCUUUCUAAAGACCUUUCAAAUGAACUGUCCCCCUCCUCUUCCUCAGCCAUGAUGGCGGCAACCAAUGCUGCUGCCUCAGUAAGUGGAGAUGAGGCCAUAUUGGCUGCCACAAGUUCUGUGGCUGACAGCCUUGAGAAGAUGAAGGCAAUUUACACUUCCUUUCUGAGCAAUUCCUAUUGGUCGACACUAAAUCUGAACCUGAGUCAGCCACCUGCAGAAAAGCCUCCUCGCAGUCAUAGUAGCAGCAGUAGCAGUAGCAGCAGCAGUAGUUGUGGCAGUGGGGGUUAUGACUGGCAUCAGUCUGCUGUGGCUAAAAGUCUCCAGCAGGCUUCCCAGAACCACCACAACAGACUGAGCAUGGUGCAACAUCCCACAGUGGCUGUAACAACAUCUUCUACAGAACCCAACCUCUUUAGCACUGUUCAGCUUUACCGGCAAAGCUCCAAGCUAUAUGGCUCUAUAUUCACUGGAGCCAGCAAAUUCCGUUGUAAGGACUGCAGUGCUGCUUAUGAUACUCUAGUAGAGCUUACAGUACACAUGAAUGAGACAGGCCACUAUCGCGAUGAUAACCACGAGACAGAUAGUGAGGGAGCUAAACGCUGGUCAAAACCCAGGAAGCGCUCCUUACUAGAGAUGGAAGGGAAGGAAGAUGCACAGAAAGUGCUUAAGUGUAUGUACUGUGGACACUCCUUUGAAUCCCUUCAAGAUCUCAGUGUCCACAUGAUCAAGACGAAACACUACCAGAAAGUGCCUCUGAAAGAACCUGUUACACCAGUAGCCGCCAAGAUCAUCUCCUCUGCUCGAAAGAGAGCCCCAGUUGACCUGGACAUCCCCAGUUCACCUGACUCUAACGGAGGUACCACACCUAAGCCUGCCUCCUUCAGUGACACUAAUGACAUACUGCAAAAGAUUAGCAACCCCUACAUUACACCUAACAAUCGCUAUGGACACCAAAAUGGUGCCAGCUAUGCCUGGCAGUUUGAAUCCAGGAAGUCACAAAUCCUCAAAUGCAUGGAGUGUGGCAGCUCUCAUGACUCACUGCAGGAACUAACUGCUCAUAUGAUGGUGACAGGGCACUUUAUUAAAGUUACCAAUUCUGCUAUAAAGAAGGGUAAACCAAUUAUAGAGUCCCAACCCCCUACAUCCAACUCAGCAGUUGAAGAAAAAGUGCAGUCAGUUCCCUUGGCUGCCACAACGUUCUCCUCUCCACCUGCCCCUGUUCCUCCUCCAACUAGCAUCUCACCCACAACAAUGGUUGUGGAAAUAAAGAAGGAGGAGAAGGAAGAAGAAUGUACUCGAGAGUCCAUUAUUAACAAUGCCAAUAACCACAGCAAAGAUAAGAGGACAGAAGUGGAAGAGGAAGCUGAAGAGAAGUUCGAUAUUUCUUCAAAGUACACCUACUUGACUGAAGAAGAUCUGGAUGAAAGUCCAAAGGGGGGGCUUGACAUCCUCAAGUCCCUGGAGAACACAGUGACCUCAGCCAUCAACAAAGCCCAGAAUGGAGCACCAAGCUGGGGUGGAUACCCCAGCAUUCAUGCAGCUUACCAGCUUCCAAACAUAAUGAAGCUUUCUCUUGGUAACUCCGGAAAGAGCUCUCCGCUUAAAUAUAUGUUUCCUGGUGGGGAGAUUCUCUCUCCUACUGGUAAGAGUCAACCACUGAUUUCCCCUCCCAGCUGUCAGACCUCUCCACUGCCUAAAAACAACUUCCAAGCAAUGGAAGAGCUAGUUAAAAAAGUGACAGAGAAAGUAGCUAAGGUAGAGGAGAAAAUGAGGGACCCCGGUAUGAUUGUGAAUGAUUUACCCCUGAGGCAAACCACACCCUCACCCUGCAUCAGCGAGACAGAAGACCUGACCCGAGGAGAGUCCCCCAAAGGAAGCAUAGCAGGAGACUGUAAAACUCCUGAAAAUACAAGUGUAAGGGAAACGGCAAACAACGAAAAUGGAACAAAUCAAAAAGAUUCCAAUAGUAAUACUUCCACAAAGGAGAGAAAAGGGGAGAAUGGAGUGGAGCCCACUGCUGUGACGCCCCCAGUGCCAGCCUCUCUGUGUGGCAGCACAGCCAUUAUUACAGACCAUUCCCCUCCAGAACAGCCGUUUGUAAACCCUCUUAGUGCUUUGCAGUCCGUAAUGAACGUCCACCUGGGGAAGGCUGCUAAGCCUGCCAUGCCCUCACUUGACCCCAUGAGCAUGUUGUUCAAGAUGAGCAACAGCCUGGCAGAGAAAGCAGCAGUGGCUUCCUCCACUCCACCAGCACACACCAAAAAGGCUAAUAACCAUUUAGAUCGCUACUUCUACCUGCACCAUCUAAACAAUGACCAACCUAUAGAUCUCACCAAAGGAAAAAAUGCUGAUAAAGGCAGUAAUGGUGGUUCUUUGGGUUCAACUACACUUUCUUCUACCAACUCCACCCCAUCAAUUUCUCCCUCCUCUGCUGUCAGUGUGACAAAAGCCUCUGCUACAGUAGCUUGCUUCAUGUCCACCUCGCCUUUGAGAGAAAAUGCACUGUCGGAUAUCUCCGACAUGCUGAGAAACCUGACAGAAAGCCAAGCACUGUCCAAGUCAUCCACACCAACCAGUCAGUCCGAGCGCUCUGACAUUGAAGGUGCCACACAAGAAGAAAUUGAAGAUGUUUCACCUGCUCAGAAACGCAAAGGCCGCCAGUCCAACUGGAACCCUCAACACCUCCUUAUAUUACAAGCCCAGUUUGCUUCUAGUUUGAGACAAACAAACGAUGGCAAAUAUAUGAUGUCUGACCUGAGCCCACAGGACAGAAUGCACAUCUCCCGUUUCACAGGUCUGUCAAUGACUACAAUAUCCCACUGGCUGGCUAAUGUUAAGUAUCAGUUGAGAAGAACCGGUGGGACCAAGUUCUUAAAAAACUUGGAUUCAGGCCACCCAGUGUUCUUCUGCAGUGACUGUGCGUCUCAGAUUCGCUCACCAUCCACCUACGUCAGCCACCUGGAAUCCCACUUAGGCUUUCGUCUUCGAGAUCUGGCCAAACUUUCCGGGGAGCAAUUGCUCAGUCAACUAUCACAGCAACAUCAUCAUCAACGUCACACCAAAGGACUCUCUGAAAAACUGUUCUCUAAUCUUCACCCAUCCAGCCACCCGCUACCAUCUUCCCUUCCAACCUCGGUACCAGCAUCAUUACCGAUCUCACUAUCCUCAUCCUUAACAACAUCUUUGCCAUCAACUGAAUCUCCUUCUUCCUCUCCCGAUGAUGAUGAAAGUGGUGCAGUCUACCAGUGCAAGCUCUGCAACCGGACUUUUGCGAGUAAGCAUGCAGUUAAACUUCACUUGAGCAAGACGCAUGGGAAAUCCCCCGAGGACCAUCUGAUGUAUGUGUGUGAGCUGGAGAAACAGUAGCACUGAACAAUGCAGGACUUUUACAGUACAGCUCUCUUUCCUGCUGUGCCACUCUUUAGCCUUUGACAGACAUUUAAAAGGAUUACGAAGAGAAAGAAAUGAUGAAACUGCACAAACAUGCCAUUAAACUACUGCUAAGAGGGUUGGCACAUUGUGUUUCACUUGUGUUGUUAGAGUUUUUCUGUUGUUUUUAUUUUAUUUUAUUUUAAAUAUGAGGAUGACUUAUUCCAGCCCAAUUGUUCUUAUUUUACCAUUCUUCUCUGAAGAACAGUCAUACUUGAAGCAUUUUAAAUUGAAAAGAUAAAAUGAAGGUAUAGAAAAGAUUCUUAAAUGGUGUGAUGAGUUUUUCUCUGUUUAAUAUAAUUUAGGGUUAUUGAUAUUUUGGCUUACACUGCAUGCAUAUCAAUAAAUCAAUUUUGUUAAAUAUUUUAUAAGUACAUCUGGUGCAAUUUCUCUAUUUUGUUGUUUCUGUUUUUUAACCUCUGGUAGCUUUUUUAUCCAUAAGUCAGCAUUUAAAAUGUAACCUUGUGGAUACUUCAAAGCAUAAAAAUAUAAGAAUUACUGUACAUUGUUUCAACAUUGCUUGUUUUCUAAACAUCUACUGUGAUCAGUCUAAUCCCAAAAAGAAAUGCAUAUUGAAAAGAUUCUUCAGUGCAGGAAUUUCACCCGGAGCUGCAUUUUAUGACUGCGAAAUUCUCACAAGUAUUAACACAAACAUUGUAAGGAGAAGAAAGAAAAUUUUAUAUUUUCUUUUGAUUGAUCAGGGACCUAUGAUAUUCAGGUCUGUGUAAAAUAUGUAAAUAAAAACAUCCAAUUAGUUCAUGUUAAAAAUUAUGCAUCAUUUCUAUAUUUUUUAAGUUAAAAGGAUUGUGACUAUUUGCUGGUGCACUGCACACUAUAUGAAGACAUAAACUUGUUUUGCACAAUAGUUUUAUAAAUAUGUUAUGUAAUUGAAAAUACGACAAAAGGGAGGUAAAAGUGUAAAUCUUUUUAUUCUCAGCUAAUACUCAAAUGGUUGGAAAUGUUCUUUUUUUCAAAACCAGAAACUGCUCUACACUUGCCCCUGAAUGAACACUCAAAAUAUUAAAGGUUGUACAAAAAUAUGUUACUUUAUGAAUAUAUUUACUGUGUAAGCUGUUAUUUAAAAGCACUCUUGGUUGUUUCAUAUUGUUGAAUGCCUAUUUGAUUGGUCCUAUUUUUUAUUUUUUUAUUUUAUUUUAUUUUAUUUUUGGUCUGUCUAAUUACUCUGCAGUGAUUCCACACUGCAGCUUUAUCUUUUUGGGAAAUGAAAGGUAACCAUGGUUACACUAACCUCUUGAGUGACAAGUUCUGCUACAUUUUUUGGCAGUUCAUUUGCUGAAGUAACUGACAUCUGCCAGAGAAAUAAUAAUAAUAAUAAUAAUAAUAUAAAAAAGUACUUAUGUGUAAAAUAUCGGCAUGUAAACAGCACAGACACUGUUAUGCAUUCUGUGCCGUUUGUCUUUUUUCAUUUCUUUGGUUUUCUGUUGUUGUUGUUCUUGACAAUGGAUCCCUAUUAUAUGACUUCGUAUAACCUUGUUUUCUACUGCAGCAUUAAAAAAAGAAACUGUUUUUGCAAUAA